GAACCUUAGUCAUGUCCCAACGCUGCCGGAAGGAAAUUGAAGACGAACAGAUUUGGACACAGACGGCACAAGCGUUUGAGUUUGAAAACAAGUCGCUUUUCCGAGAUGGAUCGUAGUAGACCGCCCGACAGAGCUGACACAGAGAAAAAACACGACAAGAAAAAACGGAGACGAUCCUCAUCUUCCUCUUCUUCUUCCUCCUCGUCGUCGACUUCCUCGUCCUCCAGCAGGAGCCGGAGCAGAUCAUCUAAGAAAACAUCUCAGAAGAAGCGAGAUGGGAAACAGCAAAGGAAGAAGCGCAAGACACGUUCCUCCUCUUCAUCAUCCUCGUCCUCUUCCUCAUCGUUCUCCUCACCGUCGAGCAGUGAGAGAACAAAGAAGAAGAAAAGCAAAGCCAAAAAGAAGAGGCUGAAGAAGCAAAAAGCGAAACUGAAAAAGCAAAGAAAGAAGGAGAAGAAAAAGCUAAAGAAGAAGCUGAAGAAGGAGAAGAAGGAGCAGAAGGAGCAGCAGCAGAAGAAGAAGGAGGAGGUGCUGCCGAGUCCGGUGGAGAAGCCUCCCUCCUUCCUGGAGGUGUGGCAGCACGACGACGAGGCGGUGGAGCUCGGGCCAGUGAUGACCGAUGAGCAGAAGGCCCGGCUCUCCACCAAGAGGCCUCUCACCAAAGAAGAGUACGAGGCCAGGCAGAGCGUGAUCCGCAGGGUGGUGGAUCCUGAAACGGGACGAACCAGGUUGGUGAGAGGAGAGGGAGAGAUCAUUGAGGAGAUCGUCAGCCGAGAAAAACACAAAGAUAUUAAUAAGCAAGCUACAAAGGGAGACGGGGAUAGUUUCCAGAGAAAACUGGGAAUCAACAGAUAGGAUAUUUCUGCACUAAACUGAGUGCUCCUGAGUUUGCCUACCCUGCUUAAAAACCUUCUGAACCAAGUGCAUUUUCAUUCCUCGGUUUACAUGAACAUUUUGUCACAAAGUAAAUCUAAAAAAAACAUUUUGCACGCCGACCUGCCCUUCUACUUUUCUGCUGAAUGUAAAGGAGAAUCAAAAAGCAACAGAUCAGUUAUGGACUCAAGUGUGUCGAGUCAGACAGAGCACAAUACAAUACAACAGUUCUUAGUGAGUAUCUUUUAUGUUGAGCCUAAUGCUUUUCACUUCAAAAUAUGCAUUUAAAUUAGAUUAGAUUCAGGAAAUAUCUGGUCAGGUAGAAGUUGACUCUGAACACUGAGACGGUUUCUUUUCAUCUGAUUAUCUAAUGCUGGCUGCAUAGUUUCUAUUUCAUUUAAAACUGGAAGUAUAAUUAAAAAGCUCCAUGUCUGUGGGCUGUCUGUAACUCAGACAUCUAGGAUGUAUUUUGUUUGUCAAAGUAGAACUUUUUGAAUCUGUUUCAGAAAAUAAAUGUUUUGGUA